CACGCGAAACAAAACCUCCCCACGCCGCGAGAUCUCGCAGCAAUGGCGGCGCCGCGCCACCACCACCUCGCCCUCGCCGUCGCCCUCGCCCUCCUCGUCGUCACCGCCGCGGCGGCGGACGAGGGGGGACCGCGGGGGAGGCGGGUGCUGGUGCUCGUGGACGACCUGGCGGUGCGGUCGUCGCACUCGGCCUUCUUCGCGUCGCUCCAGGGGCGAGGGUUCGAUCUCGACUUCCGCCUCGCCGACGACCCCAAGCUCUCACUCCACCGCUACGGCCAGUACCUCUACGACGGCCUCGUCCUCUUCGCCCCCUCCACCCCGCGUUUUGGAGGAUCAGUGGACCAAAAUUCAAUUCUGGAAUUCAUCGAUGCUGGUCAUGAUAUGAUCCUGGCAGCAGACUCUUCGGCCUCUGAUCUUAUCCGAGGCAUUGCAACAGAGUGUGGGGUUGAUUUUGAUGAGGAUCCAGAGGCAAUGGUUAUUGAUCACAUUAAUUAUGCUGCCACUGAUGCUGAAGGUGAUCAUACUUUGAUUGCUGGUGAUGACCUCAUCCAGUCAGAUGUGAUACUGGGGUCAAAGAAAAUUGAGGCCCCUGUAUUAUUUCGGGGAAUUGGACAUGCGGUUAAUCCAUCUAACAGCUUGGUCCUGAAAGUCUUAUCCGCCUCUCCGUCAGCAUACUCAGCAAACCCAAAGUCUAAGUUGGCUUCCCCUCCAUCUCUCACAGGGUCGGCUAUAUCACUGGUUUCUGUUAUGCAGGCAAGAAACAAUGCUCGGGUCUUGAUAUCUGGAUCACUCGAUCUGUUUAGCAACAGGUUCCUAAAAUCUGGUGUUCAGAAGGCCGGUAGCAAGAUAAGGCAUGAGAAAGCUGGAAAUGAACAAUUUGUGACAGAAACAAGCAAAUGGGUCUUCCAUGAGAGGGGCCAUCUAAAGGCAGUGAAUGUCAAGCAUAACAAGGUUGGGGAGACAAAUGAGCCUGGCAUGUACCGCAUCAAUGAUGACUUGGAAUACUCUGUUGAGAUCUACGAAUGGUCUGGGACCAGCUGGAAGCCGUAUGUUGCUGAUGAUGUUCAAGUUCAGUUUUACAUGAUGAGCCCUUAUGUUCUGAAGACACUGUCGACUGACAAGAAGGGUGUAUUUUCAACAUCCUUCAAAGUUCCAGAUGUUUAUGGAGUUUUCCAGUUCAAAGUUGAGUACCAGAGGCUUGGAUAUACUGGUCUCUCUCUUUCUAAGCAGAUUCCAGUGCGCCCUUACAGGCAUAAUGAGUAUGAAAGAUUCAUAACUUCGGCAUAUCCGUACUAUGCUGCGUCGUUUUCAACAAUGGGAGCCUUCUUCAUCUUCUCAUUUGUGUACCUGUACCACAAAUAGAUAACUCAUGAGAGAGCACGAGUUACCUGAGGCUGAUGUGUGCUAGAUCCAUGCACUGAUUGUGCUGUAAACCCAGUGUUGGGGGUUCCAAGUUCAUAGAACCAUAUUUUUGUAGCGCAAUCUAGAGCACCUUUGACGACCACUAUCAUUGAUAACAAGAAAUUGUACUCCUGCUGCUAGAAUCUUCCAACCAUCCCCCUUUUCUUUCAAUCUUGCCUGAUGAAGAGCUGUUGAAACUUUCAUAGUCAAUAGAAUCAUAACAACAUAAGCAAUUCGGUGAGUUCGGAAGCGCAUGUGAACUGUUGUCCCUUUACCUGGGGCUUCGAAGUUCAGAGACGAGAUAUGGUUAUUGUUUCAGAUGGGAGUGUGCUUGAAUGCGAUUUUCUUUUGCCA